ACUGAAGAGGAGACUGAGGAGGAGACUUAUAAUAGUAUUAAUAGACCAAAUAUUAUGAAAAUUAUUAAUUUGGUCAAAAAUAUAAUUUAUGAUGCUCUUUUUAAUUAUUUUGAUUCUUCGCCAAAUUCAGUUUUACUUGCAAGUAUUUUAGAUCACAGAUUUAAAAAAAUGAAAGGAUGGCCAGAAGAAGAAAAAGAAAGAGCAAUCACUUUAUUAAAGUCUGAAUAUACUAUUUUUAAAAAUGAAGAGCGUUUAAAUUAUAGUCAAGAGUCUAGCAAUAAAAAUAAAUAUUACUUUAAAGAUCAUAAAAAAAAAACAAUUAGCAAUUUUAAAUUACGUCUGUUUGAAGAUGAAGAAAUUAUUAAUGAAGAUGAAAUUGAUCAUUACCUUGAUAAAUUUCGAACACCACAAGCUAAUAGUAAAGAAGAUCUAUUUAAAUG